CUUUGAGAAGAGUUACAAUCCUUGGGACCCCGUGCAACGGAAGUGGACCCCGUUCGCUUGUGAACUUCCUUUCACGCUGGGUAGUCAAAUAUGGCGACCGAAAAUUGGGAUGAGCCAGCAUCUGCUGUGGCGGAAGCCAUGGCAGAAAUAAAAUUGUUCGGAAAAUGGUCUGCCGAUGAUGUUCAAGUAUCAGACAUCAGCUUGACGGAUUAUAUUGCAGUCAAGGAGAAGUAUGCCAAGUUUCUACCACAUUCUGCUGGACGUUACCAAGUCAAGCGUUUCCGCAAGGCUCAAUGCCCCAUUGUAGAGCGCUUAGCAUGCAGUCUGAUGAUGCACGGACGAAACAAUGGCAAGAAACUCAUGGCCAUUCGCAUUGUAAAGCAUGCUUUUGAGAUCAUCCACCUCUUGACUGGGAGGUGUAACCCCCUCCAAGUUGUGGUCAAUGCCAUUAUCAACAGUGGACCUCGUGAAGACUCCACUCGUAUUGGCCGUGCUGGCACAGUGCGACGACAGGCUGUUGAUGUUUCACCCCUGCGUCGUGUGAACCAGGCCAUCUGGCUUCUGUGCACUGGUGCCCGAGAGGCUGCUUUCCGCAACAUCAAGACCAUUGCAGAGUGUCUGGCUGAUGAGCUGAUCAACGCUGCCAAGGGCUCUUCCAACUCUCAUGCCAUCAAGAAGAAAGACGAGCUGGAGCGUGUUGCCAAGUCCAACCGAUAAGACUGUUUUCUUGGCAGGCUACUGCCAUGCAAAGUGCACUGUGCUUCUGCAGCAAAUUAAAGUAAACAAGUAUAAAAUGAGUUGUGGACAGCA